AGCCCGGGAUGCCUCCCCGUUCCUCUUUAGCCUCUUGGUUGGAGGGGAGGUUGGGAGCAGAGGCUUGGAUCACCGCCAGCCCUGACCUGGCACCUGCUCCCCCCGGGCGGGCGUCACUGCGGGAUUUGUCCAGCGACUUCCCUAGCAGGGGUGUGUUAGGGGGAGUCCUCUUUCCGACUGUCGAAAUGGUUAUCAAAGUGUUUGUUGCCACAUCUUCUGGGUCCAUAGCGAUUAGGAAAAAACAGCAAGAAGUGGUGGGCUUUUUGGAAGCCAAUAAAAUAGACUUCAAGGAGCUGGACAUAGCUGGGGAUGAAGACAACAGAAAGUGGAUGAGAGAGAAUGUUCCCGGGGAGAAGAAACCUCAGAAUGGGAUUCCUUUGCCCCCUCAGAUCUUCAAUGAAGAGCAGUAUUGUGGGGACUUUGACUCCUUCUUCUCUGCAAAAGAAGAAAAUAUUAUUUAUUCAUUCCUUGGUCUGGCUCCCCCUCCUGGGUCAAAGGUGACAAAGUCUGAGGAAGCAGCCUCCCUUCCCAAUGGAGAUGUAGCAGGAGAGGCAGAGGGUGCUGCAGAGGGAACAGAGAAGGCUGAAGAAAGUGGAGAAAAUGAGGCACAGAAAGAGGACAGUGAAGACACUGGAGAGCUUUCUGAAUCCCAAGAGAAGAAGGAAGAAGAGGGAGAAGAGGGAGAAGAGGGAGGAGAGGGAGAGACAACAGGAGAGACGGAAGAGGCACCAGAGGGAGGAGCAGAGGGGGAAGCUGAAGAAGAGGAGCCUGAGGAAGAGGCAGGAGAAGGGGAAGAUUCUUAGGCCUCUCAGGCUGGUGCUUCAACUUUCCCAGAAUAUCCGAGCCACGAGGCUACAUUUGAACUCUCCCUUCUCCAUUAACUCAACGAAAUACUUGGCUGGAAGCCAGCACCCUUCCCUCGGCACACCUGGGUUCACUGAGGACUCACACCCUCCCAGACAGCUAGGUGCAUGUGGGUCUCUACCUCACUGUGUCAACACGAGGCUGAAUGUGAAGACUGCACGCAUACGCUGCCUGCAAUUUUUGGUCUUUGCUUAACGUUUGUUUCCUUGGCUAUGCACAAGUAGACCUUCUCGUUAAUAUUCUGCAAACAGGAUCUUGAGGUGUAGUUUCCCCUCUGUGACGCAGCAGAAGGAUUUCUUUGUGUAUUGCUUGUUUUAGGCUUGGCUUUCAGAACAAAACACUUCCCAGAGAGCAAUCAUAAAUAAAGAUUGAUGGCAAGAA